AUGUGCAAGACUGUCCCCCUAAUGGAACAACGGAGCCGUGCUGUUUCAAGGGCAAUUCCUUUGGCUGAGGCAGAACACACGAUUCAGCAGUCCAUAGAAGCCAUUGUCGCUGAUACUGGCGAUAUUACAAAUAAACUAGCAAAUGUGGCUAACGACGAGGCAGCCUUGGACGAGAAAAUCGAGCGAAAAAAGCGGGAAUACGAACAAAUGCAGAAACGCUUUGUGAAACUUCAGUCGUUUCGACCUCAGUACAUGGACGAGUACGAGAAACUUGAGGAGAAGCUCAAGCAGCUGUACGAGGUGUACGUCGUGAAAUUUCGAAAUCUGGCAUAUCUUCAACAGUUGCAGCUUGAGAUUGAAAGAACAGACCGACAGAAGCAGGAGGAGUCAGAGCGCACAAUGAGGCAGGUGGUGGAGAAGAUGCGCAUGGAUCUGAAUAACCAAGACGAACCAGUUGAGGAAGAGGUGCCACCCAUGAAUCCUGCUCGGCGAAAUUCAGAAAGAAAAGUGUAUGGCAACAUGACCGGAGCGGGAAUGUCAGACGAUGACGAUGACAACGAAGAAGUUGAUGCGGCUGCAAUGCAGACUGAUAGCGAGGAAGAACAGCACAACUCGGUACGUGACAAUCUGGUAACCUCGUAG